AUGGCGCUCAUACAGGAAAACCCAACACAAUGCGCUGUAGAACUUCGCCUGCUGGGAGGUUUCGAUGUCCUCAUAAACGGCGAACCGCUGCCGCCUCUGCCUUAUCGUCGCGAACAGUGGCUGCUGGCGCUGCUCGUCCUCCGGCACUCCCGCGACACCUCCCGUGACUGGCUGGCGACUACCCUCUGGCCCGACAAUGAGGAGAGUCAGGCGCUUUUCUACCUGCGUAAGAGCCUCUCCAGUCUGCGCAAGGCGUUGGGAGCGGAGGCCGCUCGCCUGCUGGCCCCGACCCCGCGCGCGAUUCGCCUGAACCUCGAAGGAGCGUUUGCGGAUGUCGUCGCCUUCGACAACGCCCUUCAAGAAGGGAGGAAAGAGACGAGCGAAGGGACGAAAGCAAACCCCUCUGGACUUGAAAAGGCGGUUGCGCUCUACCGCGGCCCCCUCCUGCCCGACUGCCAGGAGGCGUGGAUUCUCCCGGAGCGUGAGGCGCGUGAGCAGGCGUAUCUAACCGCGCUGGAAAUCCUGUCAACCCGCGCGACUGCCGACGGUCAACCCGCUGCCGCCGUUCACUGGCUGCGGCUGCUCCUCGCCACAGACCUCUACCGGGAGAGCGCCUGUUGCGCUCUGAUGCGGGCGCUCGCCGAUUGCGGAGAUCAAGCCGCGAUGACGCAAGUUUAUCGCGGCCUGCGCCUUCUAUUGCGCCGCGACCUCAACGCCGACCCCGCUCCAGAAACCGACGCUCUCUAUCGAAGUCUGCUCGCGCGCGAGCCCCACCCCAUCGUCCUGUCGGCGCCCUCGCCCUCGCCCGCCGGGCCGCCGCGCCGCCUGCCGGUUCCCCUCUCGGACUUGAUCGGGCGGGAGCAGGAGCGAGACGAAGUGGGUGGCUGGCUAGGUAAGCGCCGUCUGGUUACGCUGACGGGAACAGGCGGCGUGGGCAAGACACGGCUCUCCAUUGCAGUAGCAGAGCGGGUGAUCGGGCGGUUUUCCGGGGGCGUGUGGUUUAUAGACCUGGCUCCGUUGAGCGAUCCUGCGCUGCUAACGCAGACUAUUUUACGGGCGCUGGGCCUGCGAGAGGAACCGUCCAGAACGCCGGAGGAGACACUGGAGCAGACGCUCGCCUCGCAAGCCCUGCUGCUGAUCAUGGACAACUGUGAGCAUCUAUUGGAGCCGUGCGCCUCUCUGAUACACCGCCUGCUGUCCGCCUGUCCCGGUCUGCGGGUUCUGGCAACCAGCCGCGAGGCAUUGGGACUGACGGGCGAGCAUCUCUACCCUGUCCCGGCGCUCUCGCUGCCUCCGCGAGGAGAGGCCAACGUAGAGAAAUCCGCCUCCUCGCUGCUGGAGUACGAGGCGGCGCGGCUAUUCGUGGAGCGGGCGAGGCAAUCCAGUUCCGCGUUUCGACUGACUCGCCGCAACGCGGAACUGGUUGCGCAGAUAUGCCACCGUCUGGACGGAAUCCCGUUGGCGCUAGAGAUGGCUGCCGCUCGCGUCAAGGCGCUCUCGGCGGCGCAGAUCGUCACCCGUCUGGAGGACCGCUUUCAACUGUUGACAGGAGGCAGUCGGGCGGCUUUGCCCCGUCAGCGCACCUUGCAGGCGACCAUAGACUGGAGCCAUGACCUGCUGAGCGAAGAAGAGCGUCUCCUGUUCCGCCGCCUCUCCGUCUUUGCCGGUAGCUGGAAUCUGGAAGCGGCGGAGGCUGUUUGUGAUUUCGGACUUUGUGUUGUAGGUUUUGGAUUGCCAGACGUUCCGGCGCAAGUCCAGAAUCCAAAACUUAACAUCCGAAAUAAGAAGGUUCUGAACGCGCUGACGCAUCUGGUGGAGAAGUCGCUGGUGGUGUUCGAGGAGCCUGAGGAGGGUACAGCGCGUUAUCGUUUGCUGGAGUCAAUGCGGCAGUACGGGGCGGAACGUCUGGCAGAAGCGGGAGAGACGGAGGCGCUGCGCAAUCGGCAUCGUGAUUUCUUCCUGCAAUGGGCCGAGGAGAGCCGUCGGCAUCAGACGAGCGCGGCGCAGACGCGCUGGCUGUCGGUUCUGGCGGAGGAGCAGGAUAAUCUGCGGGCGGCGCUGACGCGCUGUCUCCAUGAUCCGAAGGGAGGGGAAAAGGGACUGCGGUUCGGCGCUGCCUUGCAGUGGUUCUGGAAAGUGCGCGGGUAUCCGGGCGAGGGGCGCGUCUGGCUGAAGUCUCUUCUGUCGCAUCCGGGGGCGCAGGUUCGCACCAUAGCGCGCGCCGAUACGCUCUCUGGCGCGGGGAGCAUGGCCUGGCUUCAGUCUGACUAUGCCGCCGCGCGUUCUCUGUAUGACGAGAGCCUGGAGAUACGGCGGGGGCUGGGAGACAGGCAGGGGAUCGCGAACGCGCUCGGCAACUUGGCGAAUAUCGCCAAUUAUCAGGGCGACUAUGCCGCCGCGCGAGUGCUGCAUGAGGAGAGUUUAGCGAUAAGGCGGGAGUUGGGAGACAGGCAGUGA